CUAUUAUCUAGUGCAAGAAGUUCUAGACUUCUAUGGACAUGUGUUCUCUUUGUUUUCUAAGACAGGGUAUAAACAAUGACAAGUAUCUGAAGAGACCUUUGUCAGUUGAAGGAUUUGGUUCUACUGUGCUUGUUGUGUUAAGUUGGAAUUGAUUCGAAAAAAGUUAGGAUGUCUGGCCUGCAUUUGGGAAUUAGAGUCAAUCUCAAUGAAUUUCAAAGAAUUCAUGUAGAAGAUGUUGAUUUCGAUUCGAAAAUUGACACUUUCAAGAAUUAUGUUUCUGAGAAAACUAAUGUCCACAGAGAUAGCCUUGAACUAGUUUAUUGUGGAAACAUUUUGGAGGAUGAUUCGACACUUACAGCUUGUGGGCUUAAACCAGGAGUUAUGUUGCAUGUUUUGAAGAAAAAGCCUAAAGAAAUACCAAUUCCAUCUCAGCCAAUGUCAGAGCAGGAUAUAAAAGCUUUAGUUAUUGCAUUUAGAACUUUAACUCUGAAUCCAUCACACCGACAUUCAUUACAGAAAUUAAGCAGACCUGAUAUCCUUGAAAAUAUUAUCUCGAUAACUCCUGGUUUAAGCCAAGAUCCAGUGGCCAUUUCAUUAAUUCAGGAUCCUGAACUUAUUGUACGGUUGUCAGCAAACUUUGAUACAGUACGAAGGAUUGUGGAAUUACAUCCAGCACUUGCUGAAGCUGCAAAUCACAUCGCUGCUACUGUCCAUGAAGAAGCUAUCCAUUCUCAAAUUCCUGGUCCUAGCACUUCAACUGGAUAUAACAUUUUAGAUUUACUUAGUGAUGAUGAAGAAAUGGAGUCCUCUCAGUCAUCUGAUUCAGUGCAACCUGGUGUGUCUCGACAGCCCUCGUUCUCUGCAAUUACCCCUGCUCAGCUGGCGGCUGCACUUGCAUCGGCAUCUCAAGGUGGAGCUGGAGCAGGAAGUGGCAGUAGAACAACAGAUACAAGUGGAAGUACCAUAACACCUGAAAUGGUGAGCGAGGCAAUGCAGCGUGCGAUGGCCAGUGUAGCACCUACCUCAUCUUCUUUUUCUUCUUCCUCACUACAGGAGGGGAGAAGCAACUUGAGUCAUGCAAACUUAAGGGAACAAAUGCGUCAGAUGCGUGAGUUAGGUCUGACAGACGAUGCGGUGAAUUUGCAGGCUCUGCAGUUGGCUGGAGGAAAUGUCCACGCAGCUGUAGAUUUAGUGUUUUCAGGUGCAAUAACUGCUGAUCAAACUUUGUAAAGAUAUUAUAUUGAUUAGAUGACUUUUUGUGUUAAAUAAAUUUUUGUGAUAAUCUUU